UUGAUAGAAGCUUGUCUCUGAAAGACUGGAAAGGGAUAAAGGACAUAAUGACUACUUUGGAGGAUAAAGUGCUUGGCGAGAAGCUCCAGUAUUAUUACAGCAGUAGCGAGGGUGAGGAUGAGGACAGUGAGAAGGAAGAUAAAGAAGGGGAGAGUGCUGUUCCUGAAAGCACUGGGGAAGUGGAGCUGAGCAGCGACGGCAGCGCGGUCAACACAGGUCCCAAAGGAGUCAUUAAUGACUGGCGAAGGUUUAAGCAACUGGAAACUGAACAGCGGCAGGAGCAGCGCAGAGAAAUGGAACGGCUCAUUAAAAAGUUAUCCAUGACCUGUAGGUCUCACUUGGAUGAAGAGGCUGAUAAGCAUAAGCAGAAGGAGCUUCAGGAAAAAAUCAAUGGAAAGAUGACAUUACAGGAGUACAACACGAUUCACAACGACGAGGACGAUGAGGAGUUCUUGCAGCGGUACCGGCAGCAGCGCAUGGAGGAGAUGAGGCAGCAGCUGUACAGCGGGCAGCAGUUCAAACAGGUUUUUGAGAUCACCAGUGGAGAAGCGUUUUUGGACACAGUUGAUAAAGAGCACAAGAGCACACUGAUCAUGAUCCAUAUUUAUGAAGAUGACAUCCCUGGCACCGAGUCCCUGAACGGCUGCAUGAUCUGCCUGGCUGCUGAGUAUCCAGCAGUGAAGUUCUGCAGAGUGAAGAGCUCUCUCAUCGGAGCCAGCGCCCGCUUCACCACCAGCGCCCUGCCAGCUCUGCUCAUCUAUAAGGCAGGGGAGCUCAUUGGCAAUUUUGUGCGGAUCACUGACCAGCUCGGAGAGGAUUUUUUUGCUGUAGACCUGGAGGCUUUUCUGCAGGAGUGUGGUUUGCUUCCAGAAAAAGACCUCGUGCUCCUGACUUCUAUACGUAAUCCAUCUGCAUGUUACAGCGAGGACAGUGAUCUGGAAAUAGACUGAAACACCAGGACCAGUAGGUGUAGUUGUCCUGUCAGAUGUUCUUGUGCUAGGGAUCGUUCCUUCCUCCGUAGCGUGGGUAUCUGUUCUACCCCUUCAUGCACUUUGACUUUUACUCGUUAAACAUGACAUAAGGAUUUCCUAACA